AUGCACAAGAAGAAGAUCCAGGAGAUCAGCGGUUGGCUGGAGCUGCAGAAAGAGCCAGGCCUGAGAUGCAAGGCACCCAGAAUGCUGGUUCUCAGCGGGCCACCAGGGUGCGGCAAGUCCACAGCUAUGCAUGUGCUCGCCAAGGAGAUGGGUUUUGAUGUGUGUGAGUGGCAGCCUCCCGUGCCCACACUGUGGGACGAGCACAGAUACCACGCGGCAGACGGCGGGCUGCAGUACACAUCGAAGCUGGACGACUUCGAGACGUUCGUGGCGCAUGCAAAGCUGUCCAGCCUGUCUCUGCAGCCUUCCACUGCCGCGUCAGAUGCCUCUGGGGCAGCAUCACAGCAGAGCCAGAACCCACCCCCAAAGCCGGGGGUGAAGCUGCUGGUGAUAGACGACCUCCCCCAUGCGGCGGGCUUGGAGCAGCGGGCGCGCCUGGCCGCCGCGCUGGCUCUGCUGGCCGCCGCAGCGCGCUGCCCCGUGGUAGUCAUCGCUACCGCCAGCUCCACUCAGGGCGCCCCCGGCGACCGCGGCGCCGCCUGGCACGGCCUGCACAAGGAUGUACAGAAUGCGCUGGACACGGUGGGGGUUGCGCAGAUAGCAUGCAACCCCAUCACGGACAACAACGCAGCGAAGGCGCUGCAGCGGGCGGCGGCCGAGGAGGCCAUGCCGCUGUCCAGGGAGCAGGCGCUCUCCAUCGCGCGCUCGGCUGCCGGCGACCUCCGCAGCGCCCUCGAGCUGCUGCAGCUGCUCUGCACUGGCGUCGCUCCCCUGCCGCCGCAGCCCAAGACCCGAAAGGUGAGGAAGGCCAAGGGCAGCAAGCAGGCAGAGCCAGAGCUGCACAUGCCGGAGCUUGCCACAGCCAGAGAUGUUGCCCUGGACCCGUUCCAUGCCAUCGCCAAGCUCCUGUAUAACAAACGUGGGGAGGAGGGUUCAGAGGCUGCAGCUGGCCAGAUGGAUGAGGAGUUGAAGCAGCCUCUGUCUGGGGGGACAUCCUUCCUGAUCCAGGCUUGUGAAAGCGCAGAGCCUGCUGCUCCUUUGCAGGUGGCAGAACGGCAUAGGCGGCUGCCGCUCAGCUUCAGCCCAGAGGGGGUCUGGGAGCGGUCAGGCCUGGACGUGGGCACCACAGCGGGCUUCCUGCAUGAGAACGCGCUGCACUUCCUGGAUGACGAAGCCAUGGAGGACGCUGCCCUUGUGGCCAGCUACUUCAGCGAUGUAGACCGGGUGUCGAGCCACGGCUUUGCGGCGGCUUCCGGCUCGUCGGGCUACGCGGGGGACCUGGGGCCGGCGGCCACGUUCUCAGAGGGCGUUGCCGGAUCCCUGCUGGUGCGAGGGGUGCUGUACGCCAAUGCGCACCCGGCCCCGCGCCGAUGGUUACCGCUGCGCCGGAGCGGGUGGGCCACAGCGCAGCGCGGCGCGGCCGCCAACGCGCAGCAGCUGCAGAGCCUCGUCUGGGCCGGCGGCGGGGCCGCCCUGCACUGUGUGGGAGGGAGCGUGCGAGCUUUUGCAGCAGGGGUGUUGCCCAGUGUGCGAUGCAUGUCUGCGAAUGGCUCAGCAGUGGCGUCUGCUCUGCUGCCAGAGUGUUGGACACAGCUGUGGCAUGGCGAGCUGUCUGAGCAGAGGUGUCGGCCGGAACAAGUGUUGUCAGUGUUGCCAGAGGAAGAAUUGCAGCAUGACCAAGUUGAUGAUGACAUUGAGGAAAUCUUGUAA